UUCGCGUUAUGAUAUCAUCUCUAUAAUCAAUCUUGCUCUUAAACCAAACCUCACAACAUCAAACGCCUAUUCUCAUCUCCAUCAACAAACGCCACAAAUCAUCAGUUCUCAUUGCAAACCAUCAAAUUCAUCCUCACAAGCCUACAAUCUCCAUUAACAAAUUCCAACACAAUUAGCUUCACAAUGGCAGGCCUUCCAACCAAAGACGACAUCAAGGCCCAAGCCGUCGAUGGCCGACCCAUCACCCAAGCUGAAGCCUCAGCCAUUGCCUCCGAAGAAUCAGCCCUCACCGGCAGCGGCCCCAUCAAAGGCGGUGCCGCAGCCACCGCUCAGAGUCUGCACGACAAGCAGCAGAACUUCCUCGAGAAGGCGGGUGAAGUCGUACGAAAGCCGCCUACCGAGGUGACCAAGGAGGAUGCUGCUGAGGUGCAACGCGCAGAGGCUCGUGCAAAGGGUGGUCCUCCUGGAAAGGGAUCUACGGCUGCUGAUGUGCAGUCUGUUGCGGACACGAAUACCUAAGCUUAGAACCAG